AUGGCGGAUUAUGAGUCCCUGGAUGUGCACUCACAUUUGUUGGGUCCUGAGGAGAGCUGGUUCCCUGGUCCUCCUCCUCCACUUUACACCUGCACUCUGAGCCCAGCGCUGGAGGCCAAAGCACGUGAUGAGCUGCAGGAAAAGCCCGAGUGGAGGCUGCGCGACGUCCAAGCACUGAGGGACAUGAUCCUCAAGGAGCAGCCAAACCUCCAUACACGGCUUGAUGAUGCGUUCCUCUUGCGUUUCCUGCGAGCGCGUAAGUUUGACUAUGACCGUGCGCUGCAGCUGCUGCUGAAGUAUCACGGCGGCAGGAGAGCCUGGCCCGAGGUCUUUAGUGACCUGAAGCCAUCGUCGGUGAAACAUGUUCUGGAUCUGGGCUUCCUCACUGUGCUGCCACGACCGGAUCCACACGGUCGAUACAUCCUCUGCCUCAGACCAGGCAGGUGGAAGCCCAAUGAUUACCCAUUUGUGGACAAUGUUCGCGCUUUGUACCUGACCCUGGAGAAGCUGAUCCAGCCGGAGGUGGUGCAGGUGAAUGGCAUUGUGAUCCUGGCAGACUACAGCGGAGUCGGGAUGUCUCAGGCCUCAAACCCUGGGCCUUUCCUUGCCAAGAAGGUUGUCAGCAUCCUACAGGACGGGUUUCCGAUCAGAAUCAAAGCUGUUAACAUCAUCAAUGAACCCAGAAUUUUUAAAGGAAUAUUUGCCAUAAUUAAACCUUUUCUGAAAGAGAAGAUGGCAGAGAGGUACGUUCUGCACGGUUCAGACCUGCGUUCGCUGCACUCUCAUGUUCCUGGCUCAGUGCUGCCCCCGGUGUACGGAGGCACAGCUGCAGACCUGGACCUGAGCGCUUGGGCUGCACUCCUGCUGCGCUCAGAGGAGGAGUUCAUCGUGGAGUUCUGUCAGCCGCAUCCACUGGAGGGCGCUGCGCUGCCAGAUUCUCUGCUGUAUGACGGAGAUGGAACAGAGGAAGACGGCUUCAGGGCUCUGCGGUCGCAACUCUACUACUGCUACUGA